GCUCCUCUUAGCAACCGAAAGCAAUAUGGCGCCCACGAUCUCGAUCGAUCCCAAGACUUGGCAUCAGGUCGCCGCAAUCUCCGGAGCUGCAGCAAUCGGCCUCGGGAGCUACGGAUUUCACUUCUUCGACCCCAAAAAUCCAUCUUUCAAAGAGGUUUGGGGGACUGCCUCUUUAUACCACUUGGUCCACACGGUCGCCUUGAUUGGAGCUCCUAUCACCAAACGCCCCAACAUCUUCGGAGGGCUUCUCACGGCCGGCAUCCUGGCGUUCUCAGGAUCGUGCUACAUGGCAGCCUACAUCGAAGAUAAGCAUUACUCUAUGCUUGCACCAUUCGGUGGGCUUGCAUUUAUCGCUGCUUGGCUAAGUUUACUCUUUUGAUAGUGUUAUGUACAUUUAUCGCUGCUUGGCUAAGUUUACUCUUCUAUAGUGUUAUGUAUAUUAUAUGCAAUAUAUUUGUGGUUCUUUGUUCUCUUACAGUUUAAGAUCAACAUUCUGUUGUUACCACCAGUUAAUUCAGGUGGACAGAAACAAGGUCAUCAAUGAAUAAGUGUCAAGCUGUUGUGUACAAACAUCCAUGUUGUAACUUAAAAUAGAUACUUGGAUGUUUUGAACAAACGGUCAAAGGUGUUCUUCUCAGUCUUUAUGCGCAUUUUGCGUUUCAAAUAAUUAAGUAAUAUUGUUAUCAGAUAUUGUCAAUGAAAACAAGGUGUGACUUAUAUGCACGAUACUCUUGA